ACCCACCCAUUAAGGGACUUUAAAUUAGUUGAUUUUAUGCAGCCAUGUCAGUUCAGGAGCUUUUUGUUGCUGCAGCUCGUAAAUGUCUGUCUGUUGGUAGAAAGUCUCUCUCGGUCUCUCAGAGUCUGGACCUUGCUGCUCAGGUCUCGGCUGUUAGUUUGGGGUUGAAACCUGCUCUUCUUUACGACAGUAACGGUGCUUCUGUGGCGCAGGUCCAACAGUAUCUGAGCUCCUUGCAGUCUCUCCAGCUUGCGUCUGAAUCCCUUCUCAUUCUGGACCUAAAUGGAAACAGUCUCAUAGUUAACGCAGGUGCAGUCAGGUCAAACAUGGAGCAGGUGGCUGUGGUCGAUGUUUGCCACUCGCUGGACAAACCUGCCAUCUCUGAAGCUCAGAGGAGAGGACUUGGGAGCGUAAUGGAGGGUUUGCUUCAGCUUCUGGAAGGGUUUCAGCAACUCCAUGAACCUGGGAAACCUCUUUGCAUCCAGGAAAAAUGUGAGGAAUGGAAUCUAUGUACAGUUUUUGGUGUUUUACUGGGUUUCCCCGUCACCUACUGGUUUGAUCAGGCUGAGAGCUUUGAAAACUGUCUGUCUAUGACUCCCCUGAUGGUGGUAACAGCUUCAGCAACGUGGCAGGCGGGUGGCACCGGUCACAGAUGUCGUCUGUAUUCCUUCAGCGUUCCAGCUGCUCUGCAGGAGGAGACGCAGUCCGAGCUGGAGAACUGGAGGCUUCGUCUGUUGGAGAGAUUUGAGCAGCAAAAUGUCCUGAAGGAUCUCAGCAUUAGUCGGUCCACAGUCACUCUGCCCUCCGUCACUUUGUGAUGUGAAUAAACGUUUCUUUUAAAGUAAAA